CGACAACCUGUAGCAAUAUGUAUUCACCACCUGUACACCAAUCUGUAUCAUAAAUCUAUUCGAACCAGCGCUGCAUACACUUGUUUCACAUAUAAAAUGAUCAAAGAGGACUCUUGAAAGUGGAUAGCUAGCAGGUCACUGAGGACUCUGAUUGGCAUCCCUGCAAAGAGAAGACCCUGAAUCCCGUCACGAAAAGUCGAAGCUCCAUCCAUCCACAUCCAUCCACAGCUUCUCCGUCCCCCGUCGUCAUCUUUCUCACGAAGCCAAACACAAGCCUAACCCAGCGUCGCGGCCAUGUUUACCCUCCAAAGAGCCGUCCAGGCCGCUCCUCGCCAGGCAGCACGUCGAGCUUGUGCUGCAUCCAACGCUGCCUGGCAGCAAACGCCCGCCCAAUGUGCGCGCUCCUACGCGACAAGCAAGGAUACGAGCGACGAAACUCCCUCUAAGACGACGACCGAGACGAAAGACGCCGACAGCAAUAAGCCCAGCACACGCGCCCCGCGCACCUCCGCAUUUGCCUCCAGGGCCAGCGCAAAGUCCACACCCCGGCCGACGGCAGCCGCGCAGCACAAAGCAGCGUUCCACUACCCAGGCCAGGCAGAAGGCAGCCCUGCCGUGCAGGAGAUUGACUGGACGACGAGCUACUACGGCCUCGGCGUCGCGCCGGUGACGAAGGAACAGGCGGCCACGCUGGCACGGCCGCUCGCGACCACAGACAUUGAGGUGAAGCCGGAUGGCAUCAUCUACCUGCCCGAGAUCAAGUACAGGCGGCGGUUGAACGAGGUCUUUGGGCCCAUGGGCUGGGGUCUAGCGCCGCGUGGCGAGGCCAUUGUCGGGUCCAACAUUGUCACGAGGGAGUACGCCCUCAUUGCGCAGGGACGCUUCGUCGCACAGGCGCAGGGCGAGAACGCCUACUUUAGCCCCGACCAGCUCCCCUCCUCGGUGGAGGGCACAAAGUCCAACGCCUUGAUGCGCUGCUGCAAGGACCUCGGGAUCGGCUCGGAGCUCUGGGACCCCGAGUUCAUCCGCAAGUUCAAGAAGAGCGAGAUGCAGGAGGUCUGGGUCGAGCACGCGACGACCAAGAAGAAGCGGACGCUGUGGUACAAAAAGGGGGCCGUGGAGGUCGUGUACCCCUGGAAGAAGGUCAAAUAAAGGUGCCAACGCUCAGGUGCCUGGGCGGCAAUCGCGUGGAAUUCACGCGAUUCGUGUACAUCAUAUUGGGGCCAGCAGCAGCAGCAGCAGCGCUCCAUCAUUUCAUUGUCACCAUUAACGGAAAAGGGUCCUACAGGCGAGCGCAUAGACAUGGUUGGUAAUAUUACU